AUGUCCUUCUUCCGGAACGUCAAGACCUUCCUGACGCCCUCGUCGUCGCAAUCGCAUCUCCCGUCCUCCGCGCCCGGCUUCACUACCGCAAAAACCGAGUCCGACCUAUUCCCCACAACCAACCCUGCGGUCGACGGCGAAGAGUGCCUCCACGACUGCGAGUCAUGCACCGUGCACUACCCCACCAAGUUCUCUAUCGACGAGAGCGACAGACUCUUUGGCCACGUCAAGGGAUUCAACGUCCAUCUUCUUGUUGGCACGGGCAAGACGGAUUGGGUCAGGGAUGUCACUGACGAAAAGGGCUCGGUGAUGCAGGCCGUAGGCAAGGUCGGCUUGGACCUGAGUGGGAAACGGGGCAGAGUGAUGUUGAGUGCGAGUAAUUUCCCCUCGGGAGAAGAGUGUCACGGCGAAGAAGAGGAACAGGGCACGAGUGACUGCAUGCUACUGCCCAGCUGGGUUGUGGUUGAAAAGGUCAAGCCAAGUCAAGCGGGGACUCUAAUGAAAGAGGUUGUGGAGAGAAGUGUCAGGAACGACAUGCCGGUGGGAGCAAAGGGAGCGGAGGUCAACGGCAAUGGCCAUGUGCCAUCGCCCGCAGGAGGACGAGACCAGGCCCUAGGAGCGCAGAACGAACAAGAGCAUGAAGAUAUCCCUGAUGUGUCUGGCUUGCAGAUUGGAGGUGGCGCUGAGGCAUCACAGCAAAAGAGCUCGCAGCAAGAGCAACAACCACCAUCACAGCAUACAGCGCUUGACCCUGCACCGCUACCGCCGUCAAUAUGCUCGUCCUUCAAAGUCCGCCCUAUUCCUCAUUCCUACCUCAUCCUCAUGUGCAGCCAAAAGACCCGCGACGCGCGUUGCGGCCAAUCCGCCCCUCUCCUCCGAAAAGAAUUCGAACGCAUUCUGCGACCGAUGGGUCUCUAUCGUGACCUGCACGACGAUCGGCCUGGUGGUGUGGGGAUAUAUUUCAUCAGCCACGUCGGCGGCCAUAAAUAUUCUGCCAACGUGAUGAUUUAUCGAAGGCAAGGACGGAAAAAAGAGGCGGGAGGCGACCAUGUGGAUGUGGACGGAGAAAAGUUGGAGAAGGAGGCGGUACAAUUAAUUUGGCUUGCGAGGGUGAGGCCGGAAGACUGUGAAAAUAUUGUGCGAUAUACGGUCUUGCAGGGCAAGGUCGUCAAGCCACAGAGGCAGUUGAGGGGUGGGUUCGAUCGAGAGAGAGGAGUGACGAGUUGGUAG